AUGGUGCUUCUCCCCAGGGUUGUGUACAAUGGAAGCGAGGGCGCAGGCCCCAAAGCGAGAGUUGCAAUAUCAGCAGAACAAAAGGCAGCUGUGUUCAUCCAAGCUUGGUGGCGGGGCACCCUGGUGCGCCGGACGCUGCUGCAUGCAGCUCUCAGAGCAUGUAUCAUUCAGUGCUGGUGGAAACAGAAACUGGCAAAGCUGCUGGAGAAGAGGCGGCGGAUGUCCCUAGAGUCCUACGCGCGACAAGAAUGGGCAGUUGUUAAGCUACAAUCCUGGGUCCGUAUGUGGUGCAUCCGCCUCCGUUACUGCCGUUUGCUCCAUGCUGUCCGCAUUAUCCAGGUUUACUGGCGCUGGCAUAGUUGCCAUACCCGUGGCUUUAUACAGGGCCAUUACGACCUCAAAGAAAACCAACUGAAUCUUCAACUUGAAAUCUCUUUGGGCUCACAAGCUUGCAGAGUACAACAAUGCAUACCCCUUCCAAUAAAGGAAUGA